UGGAAACGUAGGGUUGGGUGCGGGGCGUUGGAUGGGGAUCCGACGGGUAGGGUUGGUUGGUGACGGUGGUACAGAUCUCUCCGCCGUACGCUUCAACCCCCCCGCAGCAGUAACCCACGCUGCGGCGCUCCCCCCACGCCACCACCAAGCAACUGUUCGGCGGAAUGCCACACUAGAGGCGAGACCCAAGGACACGCUCCCCACGCCGCAAACAAAGCGCCGCCGCCGCCGCCGCCGAGAUGAAGGGAGCAAUGCCGCCGCGGCCGUUCAUGAUGCCGGGGCCUGGGGGCCCGAUGCCCCCGCCGCAGCAGUUCGGCCUGGUGGAGACGCGCCCGCCGCUGGCCGCCGUGCUGCGGCCGCGGUUCAACAUCCCGGGCCUCCACCCCUCCGCCGCCGCGGCCUCCGCGGCGGGCAAGAUCGCGUCCACCUACGACCUUGUCGAGUCGAUGCGGUUCCUCUACGUGCACGUGGUGAAGGCCAAGGACCUCCCCGCUGUCUCCGCCGCCGGCACCAUCGACCCCUUCGUGGAGGUGAAGCUCGGCAACUUCAAGGGCACCACGCCGGUCCUCGGCGGCAACCACAACCCGUCGUGGAAGCAGGUCUUCGCCUUCUCCGCGACGCACCUCCAGGCGCACGUGCUCGAGGUGGCCGUCAAGGCCAAAGAUCUCGCCGGCGGCGACGACCUCAUCGGCCGCGUGGGGUUCGACCUCUCCGAGGUGCCGAUCCGUGUGCCGCCGGACUCCCCGCUGGCUCCCCAGUGGUACCGGCUCGAGAACAAGCGUGGCGAGAAGACCCGCGGCGAGAUCAUGCUCUCCGUGUGGCUGGGGACCCAGGCCGACGAGGCCUUCCCCGACGCCUGGCAUUCCGACGCCCAUGCGGCGGCCGGCCCGGGGGCCGUCGCCUCCACGCGCGCCAAGGUAUACUUCUCCCCCAAGCUCGUUUACCUCCGCGUCGCCGCCAUCGGAGCGCAGGACCUCGUGCCGCUGGACGCGUCGCGCCCCGCGAACUUCUGCGUCAAGCUGCAGCUCGCCGGGCAGGUGCGGCGCACGCGCCCCGGCGCGCCGCCCGGCACGUUGAACCCGAUUUGGAACGAGGAGUUCAUGUUCGUCGUGUCCGAGCCCUUCGACGAGCCGCUGUUCGUCACCGUCGAGGACCGCGUCGGGCCUGGCCGCGACGAGCCUCUCGGCCGCAUCAUGCUGCCCCUCAACGCCGCAAUGCCGCGCCAUGACCACUUCGGCAAGCCGGUGGAGCCGCGGUGGUACAGCCUCGCGCGCCCCAGCGACGAUCCUGACAAGAAGGAAGGCAAGUUCGCGAGCAAGAUACAGCUUCGGAUGUCGCUGGACUUUGGGUACCAUGUUCUUGAUGAGUCCACCUACUACAGUAGUGAUCUCCAGCCAUCAUCGAAGCACACACGGAAGCCAAGCAUUGGGAUCCUUGAGCUGGGGAUUCUUGGAGCACGAAACUUGAUACCAAUGAAGGGGAAAGAUGGGCGCACCACCGAUGCUUACUGUGUUGCCAAGUAUGGACCGAAGUGGGUGCGCACGAGAACCAUUCUCAACACUCUGAAUCCUCAGUGGAAUGAGCAGUAUACUUGGGAGGUGUUUGAUCCUUGCACGGUGAUUACAGUGGUGGUGUUUGACAAUAACCAGAUUGGCAAGAAUGGCGAUGCCCGGGAUGAGAGUAUCGGCAAGGUGAGAAUCCGGCUCUCUACCCUGGAGACUGACAGGGUGUACACCCAUUUCUACCCUUUGUUGGCUCUCAAGCCCAGUGGCCUUAAGAAGACUGGAGAGUUGCAUUUGGCUGUGCGAUUUACAUGUACGGCAUGGGUGAACAUGAUUGCGCUGUAUGGCCGUCCAUUGCUGCCAAAGAUGCACUACACACAGCCAAUCUCAGUGAUGCAGUUGGAUUACCUGAGGCACCAGGCAAUGCAGAUUGUCGCGGCGAGGCUUAGCCGUGCCGAGCCUCCACUUCGCAGGGAGGUUGUGGAGUACAUGCUCGAUGUGGGAUCGCACAUGUUCAGUCUCCGCCGCAGCAAGGCCAACUUCUACCGUAUCACCUCGCUGUUCUGUGGUUUUGCAGCGACGGCCAAGUGGUAUGAUGGCAUCAGAAGCUGGCGAAACCCAAUUACAACCGUGUUGGUGCAUAUGUUGUUUCUAAUACUGAUCUGCUACCCAGAGCUCAUCCUGCCUACCAUCUUCCUCUACAUGUUCAUGAUUGGAUUAUGGAACUACCGUUACAAGCCAAGGCAUCCACCUUACAUGGACACUAAGCUAUGCCAUGCUGAGUUUACAAACCCAGAUGAGCUUGAUGAGGAGUUUGAUUCAUUCCCUAGCAGCAGGCCAGCGGACAUUGUAAGAAUGCGCUACGAUAGACUAAGGAGUGUUGGAGGUCGUGUGCAGACAGUCGUUGGUGACCUGGCGACACAAGGUGAGAGAGCCCAUGCUUUGCUUAGCUGGAGAGACCCUCGGGCCACCGCCAUCUUCAUAUUCUUGUCCCUGGUUGUUGCCAUUGUGCUGUAUGUGACACCAUUCCAGGUUCUGCUGGUUAUUGCAAUGCUAUACCUGUUGCGCCACCCCCGGUUCCGCAGCAGGAUGCCCUCUGUGCCUUUCAACUUCUACAGGAGAUUGCCUGCCAAGUCUGAUAUGCUCCUUUGAGCCCAAUGCAUUGAGAACAAGAGAAAAUGGAGGAAACCCUGUAACUUUGUUUCUCUCUUCCAUUCAGUUCCCUACUGAUUAGCAUCAGAUCAGAUGUGAAUAUACUUAAGGAGUUGGUAAAUUAGAGGCAAGUUAGCGGCCAGGGAAUAAUGUGUUCAUUCGAAUGUUAUUUGCUCAGAUAGGCAGAAAGAAGGGAUUGACUGGACCCCUUCGAGUUUGGGGGGGCAGAGUUUGUUAAUGUCGUGUUUCUUGGGGUAAGAACAAUAGGCAGGCGCAAGCUAAUCUUCAGUGUAUUUUGUUUAUGGAUUUGUGCCAAUUUUGUUAUUUUCUUCAUGUAAUCAUGUACUACCUGUUGGAUGAUGAUGUUUUGCAUUUCUGUGUGCUUAUUCCUCUUGAAGCACUCGGCCUUCUUUUUCA